GAGGAGCUGGGGCCACGGUCAGGCCACGGGGCCGCUUGGAGGCGCGGGGCUCGGCCGGGGCUGCAGCCCGGGAGCUGACCAUUGCACCAGCUGGCCGCCUGUGCUUGCAGCGCCCGGACACCACCGCAGUGAUUCCUCAAAGAAAUGCACCAGCCACGCAAAUCAGAGCCUGGUUUGCUGAGAAUUGUCCGGGGACUGACUGAAUGUCGCAAAUCAAAGAGAAAGAUUGAACAACAGACACAGACGGGACCCCAGAUGGAGCCGGAGGUUGAUGAGUCCGUGGGAACCCAGUUUGAGCAGCCACUGGAACCCCAAAUCGAACAGACAAUAAUGACAGAGGACAUUCCGAAAGCAUUUAUUGACCAAAAAGAUCUUAGGCAAAAGCAGGCCAAGAAAUGCACCGUGAUAGGGGGCUCUGGGUUUCUGGGCCAGCACAUGGUGGAGCAGCUCCUUGCCAGAGGCUACGCAGUCAACGUCUUCGAUAUCCGACAAGGAUUCGAUAACCCUCAGGUGCAGUUCUUCGUGGGAGACCUCUGCAGCAAGCAGGACCUGUACCCAGCCCUGCAAGGGGUGAACAUAGUUUUUCAUUGUGCAUCUCCAGCCCCGUCCAGUGACAACAGAGAACUGUUUUACAGAGUGAACUGUACCGGAACCAAAACCGUCAUUGACGCUUGCAAAGAGGCUGGAGUUCAGAAACUUAUUUUAACGAGCAGCGCCAGUGUCGUCUUUGAAGGCACUGACAUCAAGAAUGGAACUGAAGACCUCCCUUAUGCAAUGAAGCCCAUUGACUAUUAUACUGAGACUAAAAUCUUGCAAGAGCGGGUAGUGCUGGCUGCUAAUGAACCAAGAAGGAAUUUCUUAACCACGGCAAUUCGUCCUCAUGGAAUAUUUGGUCCAAGGGACCCCCAGCUGGUACCCAUACUUAUUGAUGCAGCGAAGAAGGGCAAAAUGAAAUUUGUGAUUGGGAAUGGAAAGAAUUUAGUGGAUUUCACCUUUGUGGAAAAUGUGGUCCAUGGACACAUACUGGCUGCGGAGCGCCUUUCCAGAGAUUCCGCCCUGUGUGGGAAGGCAUUUCACAUCACCAAUGAUGAACCGGUCCCGUUUUGGGUCUUCCUGUCCCGCAUUUUGACUGGUUUGAACUACCAAGCCCCGAAAUACCACAUCCCUUAUUGGCUGGCCUACUACCUGGCCUUCUUCCUCUCCCUGGUGGUGAUGGUGCUCAGCCCCGUCAUCCGGAUCAGGCCAACUUUCACCCCGAUGCGGGUCGCUCUUGCUGGCACCUCCCACUACUACAGCUGUGAGCGAGCCAAAAAGCUCAUGGGUUAUCGGCCAGUCGUCAACCUGGAUCUCGCGGUGGAAAGGACGGUGCAGAGCUUUUACCAUCUACGCAAGGUCAAGUGAGGCACCUCACCUCCCCGCCCCAAAAAUCACAGCCCCUGAGGAAAUGGUAAAUUCUCUCUCCACAUCAUCUCCUCAAAUGAAUUUCUAACACUGAUUGCUUGGUUAAGGUUCUCCUAGGCAAAACCAGUAUCCUCAAUGUGACUGGUGACUUCUUAAAGUGGUUUUGGGAAACGGUAUCUUACUUUGAAGGCUGGUCACCUCUUGAAUUUGCUUCGGGAAUUACCCGGACAACUUCAGAUUCUGUCCCUGUAUUCAGCCACCUGCCAUUUUGUUGUCCCGCGGCUUUGGAGAUCCCCGUCACGACCACUUUGAACUAAGCCACCGAUUAGUUCCGGUGACCUUUGGCUGGAACUAGAACAAAGAGAAAGUGCAUUGUCUAAUUUCCAUUUUAAGAAAAGCACAUGAAAACCCCCAGAGCUCCUGUUAAGGGCCCGGUUUCUUGCUAGAGAAGUGGAAGAUGGUAAGCGGGAUUCAUCCCCACAAAUUUGUAGGCAACGUCUGAUAGGGAAAUUAUCAAUGGCAACUUGGAAAGGAGUUUUACGAGAAUAUUAAAUAAGCAAACACUUCUGUGAACCUGUGGGUGGCACUGCAGGCCAACGACAAUUGAACGAUAGCUCUUUUUAUUUGGAAAUUUGAAAAUCCGGUUUUCUCCCCCGAUAUUAGCCACCCACCUAAAAGUAAAAAAGGAAACUUGUCUGCUUAUAGGAUACUUAAAGCCAGAGGCACUGGAGGGACAUUUAUGGUGAUUCAGAUCCUUUGUUCAUGGUCUAUCUGCAAGGAUAAAUUAAAAUGUAAUUGAAUAUUCUA